AUGAGUGUCCGUUCUGCUACCCAUUCCGGCUCUUGGUAUUCUAGUAGUUCUACCAAGUUACGUGGCCAAUUAGAUGCAUUUUUUGAAAAGGCAAAACAUUUAAAGACUCCGUUAUCGGGACCAGAUGCAAGUAAAGGUAUAUCUGGAACAAGAGUACUUAUUGGUCCACAUGCUGGAUAUGCUUAUUCUGGUGAACGCUUAGCAGAAACAUUUAAUGCAUGGGAUGUUUCGAAAGUGAAGCGUGUUUUCUUAUUAGGUCCAUCUCAUCAUGUUUAUUUCAGAGGCUAUGCCUUAUUAUCACCAUUUGAUUAUUAUGAAACACCAUUUGGAAAUAUUCCAGUUGAUACCGAUACGAUCGAAAAGUUGGUUAAAUUGAAAUCCAAACAUUCAAGCACCGAUCGUAUAUUUAAGUAUAUGAGUGAAGAUAUCGAUGAAGAUGAACAUUCAUUUGAAAUGCAUGCCCCUUUUAUUUAUUAUAAGGGACAAGAAGCAGUACAUGGCAUGCCAAAAAUAAUACCAAUUUUAAUAAGUGCAAUGGAUGAAAGAUUACAUGACGAUAUUGUGGAAUCAUUAUUACCGUAUAUGGAGCAUGAAGAGAAUCAUUUUAUAAUAAGUUCCGAUUUUUGUCAUUGGGGAUCUAGAUUUCAAUAUACUAGAUAUUUGAAUUCUAUUGACACCACCGUAGACACCCUAGAUAGAUAUAUGGUACUGCUUGGCGCAUUACAUAAACCGAAAGAGUUGGAAAUCUAUAAAUCAAUAGAAUUACUUGACAAAAUGGCGCUUGAUAUUGCCACUAAAGGAAGCUACACGGAGUGGAAUAACUAUAUUAAAGUUUCAGGAAAUACGAUAUGUGGACAGAAACCUAUAUCAAUCAUUCUUAGAUUGACAGAAAGGUAUAAGAAUAGUGGUGGUACUGUUGGUCAAGAUGUCUUCAAUUGGAUAGGAUAUUCUCAAUCAAAUCCAGUCAAGAGAAGUUCAGAAAGCAGUGUAUCUUACGCUUCUGGUUAUAUAAAGUUAUAG